AAUUUCACUUUCUCUGUUUACUUUUGCAUAACCUUACGAUGAAUUACAAAAUUUUCAGAAGCAACUUUUAAAGCGUCUUUGUUCGGAUCGUGACGACGUCCUGCAGCAGUGCUCGGGAAGAAAGUUAGCCGCACAUUUUAUUCCAAAAAUUGGCGCUGCAAAAGCAUGGAUGCUAAUAAAACGAGUUAUUACAUUGCCAGACACGAACAAAGGGCAGUGUGAAAACUAUGGUGAAGUUUUGCUGCUGGCUUGGAAGAAUACACUAAAAGAAGGCGAUGAGAAUAACAAAUUGCAGGAACAACUGGAAAGAGUCUUCAUGGAUGUUGUCUAUUAUGCCUUACAACAUCUGCACUGUAACAAAAACUUCAUGGCGAUGCUCGAGCCGCUCAACAAGGCGAGAAACAAGCAGAUCGACGAAAUGAUAUUUCGUACAUUUGAGCCAAAUCUGUGGCGCUGCUUAAAGGCUGCAAACGAUUCGGUGCGAUACAAUGCAUGCUGUCUUUUCCUGCCGUUCUAUCCAUUCGUCUGCGAGGACGAUAUCCAUGUUAUUGUACAACAAGGUCUGAUACUUGAUUUGCUGAGGGAUGAGAAUUAUGCAAUACGAGCGGAUGCAUGUCGUCGAACGCUGUUCAUUCUGAGCACACAUUUCGAUACAUUCCCAGUGGAUUUUAUCAAGCGAUCUUUCACGCAGGUAUAUGUUGGGCUGGUUCAUUUGGGAACUUUGACCCAGCUGAUUUUUUUGUGGUUUACGCUGUCUUCAAAUUGGUGUGCUGUCUGAAA